UAUAACAAAACCCAAAUCAGCACAAUGCCAAAAAGCGAUGCACAAAGCGAAUAUCUUCCGCGAGACGAUGUCGAAAAGUCGACUGCCCAUCACGAGGAAAUACUCAACUCAAUGACACCAGAAGAGGAGAAAAAGCUCAUUAGAAGGAUUGACAUUCGAUUAGUCAUAACACUGGGAUUCCUUUAUUGCAUUAGCUUGUUGGAUCGGACCAACAUGGGUGCAGCAUCAGUCGCGGGCAUGCAAGAUGACCUUAAGAUGGAUUCAGCAAAUAAUGGGUAUAGUAUUUCAUCACUAGUGUUUUUCAUCACAUACACUAUUUUCCAAAUUCCUGCGACUGCCAUCAUCAGGAAGCUCGGCCCAAGAACUUUCAUCUCCACAAUUGUAUUAUUAUGGGGAGCAGUCAUGAUAGCGUUCGGAUUUGUUCCUACAUGGCAAUCCUUAGCAGGGCUACGAAUAAUCCUAGGAGCUCUCGAAGCAGGAUUUUACCCUGGGUGUAUAUUUCUUUUGAGUACAUGGUAUACCCGCUACGAACUUCAAAAGCGAAAUGCUGCCUUCUACCUUAUUGGAAGCACUGCUUCUGGGUUUGGAGGUAUCCUGGCGUACGGAUUGAUGCAAUUGAAUGGCACGGCCGGGAAAGCUGGCUGGAGAUGGAUCUUCAUUAUUGAAGGGAUCCUGACAUGCUUUUUGGCUAUUGUAUCGUGCAUUCUUCUGGUAGACUUUCCUGAGAAGUCUGCCAAGUCAUGGAGAUUUUUGAAUGAAGACGAAGCUUCAUUUAUUGUGGCAAGAAUCGAGAAAGAUCGUUCGGAUGUCCAUGUCGAGCCAUUUUCCAUGAAAUCUUAUUUCUCAAAUGGCCUUGACAGCAAAGUUUGGGCUUAUUGUAUGCUCUACCUUCUCACAACGGCUAAUACUUACUCAAUUGCCUACUUUCUUCCUAUAAUCCUGGAAAAGAGCAUGGGAUUUUCGGUCGCAAAGGCGCAAUGCUUGGUUGCACCGCCAUAUGUUGCAGCUGCAAUUGUUAUGUUUCUGCAGGCUGCCUUCGCGGAUAAAUACAGGAUCCGAGGGCCCAUAGUUGCCGCCAAUGCUGCAAUUGGGAUGAUUGGGCUCGGCCUCUUGGGAUACCUUGAGAGUCCGGCCCCAAGAUAUUUCGGAGUAUUCUUAGCUACUAUCGCCGAAAAGGGCUGUGAUAAGCCUCUAUGUGAAAGGCAUGCUAAUGGAAUUAAAUUUUCUAGUAACAAUAUAAGAGGCCAAUACCGCAGAGCCUUUUUAUCGGCGACCCUAAUCGGCGGAGGAAGCAUCGGUGGAAUCGUGGGUACAACAGUAUUUCGCGCACAAGAUGCACCGACAUAUCACCCUGGACUUCUAGCAACUAUGCUGGCUAAUGCAUUGAUUAUUUUGAUUGUGGCGGCGUUAUGUUGGAAGUUUUCCCGGGCAAACAAGCGUGUUGAUGCUGGUGGAAAACCAAUCGAGGGACUUGCUGGAUUUAAAUAUACUCUUUAG